AUGGAGGUGGCAGAGAGCAGAGAAGCCACUGCGGUUGGUGCCCCAACCGGCAAUGAUGAACCCGCCCUCAAUGGCGAUCAAAACCUGCUUCUUCAGGAUUCGCUUCUAGACGAUGAACGGUCAAGCAGUCUGAGCGAAAUCGAUGACGUUUUAGAUAACAUGCCUUCUGACUACGAGUCGCCCAAGCCGGAGAAAAUGGCCGCGGAAAAUGACUCGGAGGCAGAAACCGAGCGCAUUGACGACUCCCCAAACAACUACCGCGCGAGGACGAAUAUUGUAGUGAGCGCAAGUGGCUACGGCCCUAGCCCUAGCAAAUUGGUGCACUCUACCACAUAUGAAGACGUCGAGGAAGAUGAGGACCAUCCGGUGGAUGACUCGCCAAGCAAGUCUCGCUCCAAAAAUGGUCGCACCAUAGAUAGUGUUGAAGAGACUCAGGACCUCGAAGAUUCUACUUUAUCCGACAGCGCUGGAAAGAAAAGAAAACGUCCUGAAUCCGGGGAUGAGAUGCUGUCCGACCUCGACGAGGAUGACUUCCCGCCACACAAGCGCCGCGGCUCACUCAAGAGUGAUCUAAGUGACCCGCCACCCGAUAUGGUUCUUACGCCUGAGCCAAUUGAAGAAACCUCGAAGGUGAAUGAGGAUGAUACAUUGGUUGAUGACAUUCCCGAGUCUGAUUUGCCUUCGGCUCCUGUGAAGGGCAAGAGAGCCAAAAAGGGUAAACGGAAAGGGCGCAAAACCAGAGAUGCCGACGACGACGUUGACAGUGGCACCGUUGAAACGGGUGCGGAGGUUGACGAUACACCCGGCGAUGAUGAUGCGGCGGAUCGUCCAGAAGAUGCUGAUGACGGUGAAGCCGCCGCGAAAAUAGAGGAAGAAUCAGCGAAAAGGACGACGGCUAUAGACUCUUUGGUUUUACUGGAGCGAGAAUUUGCAGCUCUCCGUGACAAGAUCUAUGACGAAAGGAUAUCCAAAUUAAAUCGUGAGUUAGAUAUGCUCAAAGGCCCAAAUCCAACGCAUCCCGAGUUAUUGCGCCAGCUUGAGUGUGUCAAAGGGUAUCGCGACGCCAAGAUCAGCUACGAGCACACGUUGUUCCAAUAUCGCCUCGAAUCCUUGUUGAAUAAAAGCCAGGCCGAGCGCUCUCAGGCACAUAGCACAUAUUUUCAGCACGUCCGAGAUAUCCGCGAGAAACAUUCGAGUGCUAUCAGCAAGCAAUUCUACUCGAUCCAGCACGAUCGUUUUAAGACCGAUGAUGUGAGCCCACAACACUAUGUUCCGUUCCCAACGCGCCGCUCUCAGCAGAUUGCGCAUCAAACAGCGUACAAUCAAGAGGUGUCGGUACUGGCAGGCGUCUCCAAAUACGUUGGAUUUCCAGCAGCUCCAACACUCUCAUCUGCGCGACCAACGGAGCUUGACGAGGACCUUGAAAAGAUGGGCAUAUCCAUUGAAACCAGGGCUUCGGCCUCUCAACAUCAGCCACCAGUAUCUCGGCCGCCCAUGUCGAGCAUAUCAUCGAACGCCUACCAUACCUCCGCGGAGGAAGCCUUCCUUGAGCAAACGCCUUGGGCAAACCCGCAACAUCCCGUUCACCAACAUCAGCACCUUUCCCACCGACCACAGAACCGGGUCAUGGACAAUUCACGUGCACCUGCAUUCGCUACGCCAGCGGGCCAGAUGCGCAUGGUGGAUGUUAGCGCUCCGAAUGGAUCUGCCUCAACUAUUGCGGAGAAUUCUUCCGCCAACAAUACACCUUACGGUGCCGAGCAAGACAAUGCAGCGACUACUGCAGGGGGCGCGUAUCCCGAAUACGAUGCAGACCGACGAUCUGGAUUUCGGUCGCUCAGUUCUUCUCCUCUAGAUGUGCGAAAACCUCAUCCGGCUACGUAUACCCCCCACGAACAUCGUCCAUCGCACGGUUCCCACCGAAAUUCUGGUUACUCAUCACCCCCUUCCCGAAUCGGCCUAUUCGGACCAAGCGGCCCAAAACGGGACACCUCGCCUUCCUUGCCGUCAAAGCCUGUUAACCCCCUCCAUCAACCGGCAACGAUACUGGGAAACACAGGGCAAAAUCAGAUGGCCGCUCGAUAG